CGGCCUCCGCCGCCGCCAGCGCUCCCGUCUUGUCUCCUCCCCCAAAUAUGGCAGCGGCAGGCGGCGGCGGCGGCGGCAGCAGCAGCAGUAGCGGCGGCGGGCCGGCCGAAGGAGGCGGCAGCGGCCGCCGCACCGUGUUCCUGUUCGAUCGGCGCGAGGAGCAGUCGGAGGUCGGGGAGCGCGCGCUGCACUUCGACGAGGGCACCGGCUUCUCGAGCUUCCGCGGCGCCGUCUGUCAGGCACUUGGGAUUUCAUCUGGAGAGAAGUUUGUUAUUACAACAACAAAUAGAAAAGAAAUUACUGAUGAUAACUUCAAUGAAAAUGUUCAAGAUGGGGUCACUCUGUACUUACUUCAGUCAGUCAAUCAGUUACUGCUUUCUGCAACAAAGGAACGAAUUGACUUCUUACCACACUAUGACACAUUGGUUAAAAGUGGCAUGUAUGAAUAUUAUGCCAGUGAAGGACAAAAUCCUUUACCAUUUGCCCUUGCAGAAUUGAUUGACAACUCACUCUCUGCUACUUCACGUAAUACUGGUAUUCGAAGUAUUCACAUCAAAUUGCUUUUUGAUGAAUCACAAGGAAAACCUGCAGUUGCAGUGAUUGAUAAUGGAAGAGGAAUGACCUCUAAGCAGCUUAACAACUGGGCUGUAUAUAGGUUGUCAAAGUUUACAAGAAAAGGUGACUUUGAAAGUGAUCAUUCUGGAUAUGUACGUCCGUUACCAGUGCCUCGUAGUUUAAAUAGUGAUAUUUCAUAUUUUGGUGUUGGGGGCAAGCAAGCUGUUUUCUUUGUUGGACAAUCAGCCAGAAUGAUUAGCAAGCCUUCAGAUUCUCAAGAUGUUCAUGAGCUUGUACUCUCUAAAGAGGAUUUUGAAAAGAAAGAGAAAAAUAAAGAAGCAAUAUAUAGUGGAUAUAUUAGAAACCGGAAGCCAUCAGACUCUGCUCACAUCACAAAUGAUGAUGAAAGGUUUUUACACAGUCUAAUUCUUGAGGAGAGAGAAAAAGAUAGCUUUACUGCGGUGGUUAUUACAGGAGUACAACCAGAACACAUACAGUACUUGAAAAAUUACUUUCAUCUUUGGACAAGACAAUUAGCACAUAUUUAUCAUUACUAUAUUCAUGGACCAAAAGGAAAUGAAACAAAUGCGGCAACAAAAGAAGUUGGACCAUUCAACAACAUUGAUAUGGAAAUUUCUAUGUUUGAAAAAGGGAAAGUACCUAAGAUUAUCAACCUUAGAGAGAUCAAAGAUGACAUGCAGACUUUAUAUAUAAAUACCGCAUCAGAUAGUUUUGAAUUCAAGUCUCAUGUAGAAGGAGAAGGUGUGGUUGAAGGAAUCAUUCGCUAUCAUCCUUUCUUAUAUGAUAAAGAGACUUAUCCUGAUGAUCCAUGUUUUCCAUCAAAAUUAAAAGAUGAUGAAGAUGAUGAUGACUGUUUUAUAGUAGAAAAAGGAGCAAGAGGGAAAAGACCCAUUUUUGAAUGUUUUUGGAAUGGAAGAUUAAUACCUUACACAACGGUAGAAGACUUUGACUGGUGUGCUCCUCCUAAGAAGCGAGGCCUUGCACCAAUUGAAUGCUACAAUAGAAUUUCUGGUGCAUUAUUCACUAAUGAUAAAUUUCAGGUCAGCACAAAUAAACUGACUUUUAUGGAUCUGGAACUAAAGCUGAAAGAUAAGAACACUCUUUUUACAAGGAUUUUUAAUGGACAGGAGCAGCGAAUGAAAAUUGACAGAGAAUUUGCUUUAUGGUUGAAAGACUGUCAUGAGAAGUAUGACAAACAAAUAAGAUUUACACUCUUUAAAGGGGUAAUUACACGGACAGACCUUCCAUCUAAAAGAAUGCAAAGUCCUUGGACUACAUAUGCUGCAAUAGAAUGGGAUGGAAAAACAUAUAAAGCAGGGCAGUUGGUUAAGACAACCAAGACACUUCCACUCAUUUAUGGAAGCAUAGUAAAAUUUUUUCUUUAUGGUGAUCAUGAUGGAGAUAUAUAUGCUACAGGAGGCGAGGUUCAGAUUGCAAUGGAGCCUCAAGCUUUAUAUGAUGAAAUUAAAACUGUUCCAAUUACAAAACUCGAUAGGACAGUAGCUGAUAAAACUAUCAAAAAAUAUGUAGAAGAUGAAAUGGCAAGACUUCCAGAUCGUUUAUCUGUAACUUGGCCUGAAGGAGAUGAAUUGUUACCAAAUGAAGUCAAGCCUGCUGGAACCCCAAUUGGUGCUUUAAGAAUUGAAAUACUGAAUAAGAAAGGAGAAGCCAUGCAAAAGCUUCCUGGUACAAGUCAUGGAGGAUCAAAGAAACUACUAGUUGAGCUCAAGGUUAUUUUGCAUUCUUCAAGUGGGAAUAAAGAAAUAAUUUCACAUAUCAGUCAGCAUGGGGGCAAAUGGCCUUACUGGUUCAAGAAAAUGGAAAAUAUUCAAAAACUGGGCAAUUACACAUUAAAAUUGCAAGUCGUAUUGAAUGAAAGUAAUGCAGACACUUAUGCAGGCCGGUCAUUGCCGUCAAAAACAUUUAAAUUUUCUGUCAAAGAGGGUAAACCAGAGAAAUUUUCAGUGGGCCUUCUGGAUCCUCCAUUUCGUGUUGGAGUCCCAUUUAGUAUUCCUCUGGAGUUGCAGGAUGAAUUUGGUCAUACUACUCAACUGGCAACUGAUAUUAAGCCAGUUCUUGAAGCGAGUGGCUUGUCUUUACAAUAUGAAGACAUAAGCAAAGGACCAAAUUGUGUAAUUAGGGGUGUUACUGCUAAAGGCCACGUAAACCCUUAUCAAGGCAAGAACUUUAGUCUGAAGGUUAUUCUACCAGGUUUAAAAGAAGAAUCUCAGAUUUUGAAAAUUAGAUUACUUCCUGGGCCUCCUCGUCAAUUGAAAGUGAAACCAGAUUCUGAUUUUCUAGUCAUUGAAAAUGGAACGGCUUUCCCAUUCCAGGUAGAAGUUUUAGAUGAAUCAGGAAAUAUCACAGCACAACCCAAAUUGAUUGUUCAUUGUAAGUUUUCAGGUGCUCCAAACCUUCCUGUCUACAGUGUGGAUUGUAGUAAUGCUGGAACUAGUAUUUUAACUGGACCACCAUUUCAUGUACAGAAUGUAAAGAAGGACCACAUUCUUAAAGCAAAGAUUGAAAUACCAAGUUGUAAAGAUGUGCCAGCUGUAGAGAAGACUAUUAAAUUACUCCCCAGUAGCCAUGUUGCAAAACUGCAGAUAUUCAGUGUAGAAGGACAGAAGGCAAUUCAGAUCAAACACCAGGAUGAGAUUAACUGGAUAGCUGGAGAUGUCAUGCAUAAUCUCAUCUUCCAAAUGUAUGAUGAAGGAGAAAGAGAAAUUAUUAUAACAUCUACUUUAGCUGAAAAAAUUAAGGUGAAUUGGACACCUGAGAUUAAUAAGGAUCACUUGCUGCAGGGUUUGCUACCUGAUGUACAAGUACCAACAUCUGUGAAAGAUAUGAGAUAUUGCCAGGUUUCUUUUCAAGAUGAUCAUGUGUCAUUGGAGAGUGCAUUUACUGUAAGACCACUGCCUGAUGAACCAAAACAACUUAAAUGCAAGUUAAAAGGAGGAAAAACAAUACAAAUGGGUCAAGAGCUCCAAGGAGAAAUAGAGGUAAUUAUUACAGAUCAGUAUGGAAAUCAGAUACAAACGUUCACAUCAAGUUGUUUAACUUCUUUGGGAGUUUCUGGAAGUGGACUUGAUAAAUCCAGUUUGAAAAUGACUUGGCAGGACAGUACACAGACUAUAAUUAUAAAAGGCAUAAAAUUUAACCCAGGUCCUCCUGGAACCAAGGAGCUCUGCUUUGCAUGGCGUGAGUUUUCUGACUUUCUCCGGGUACAACUGAUUUCAGGACCACCAGCUAAACUUCUCCUGGUAAACUGGCCAGAAUUAACAGAGCCUAUUCCAGUGAUAAAUGGAAAAGAAUUACCAAAUCCCCUUACAGUUCAGCUUUGUGAUCAAUGGGAAAAUCCUUCCCCUGUACCACUAGUUAAAAUAAGUCUUGUGAAAGCAUCCAUCUUAAAACUCAGUCCUUCAAAUCAGCAGCAUAAAACUGAUGACAGCGGCAGGGCUGAUUUGGGAGUUUUUAGUGUUUCUGCCCCUAAGGGAGAACAUACUAUCCAGGUUAAAGCUACCUACAACAAGAAUUCCCUGGAAGGACCCAUAAUUAGACUAAUGAUUCUUCCGGACCCUGAAAAGCCAGUGCGUUUGCAUGUUAAAUACGAUAAAGAUGUUUCCUUUUCAGCAGGGGGAAUUUUUACUGAUUUCAUGGUUAGUGUUAUUUCUGAAGAUGAGAGUAUCAUUAAGAAUAUUAAUCCCACACGGAUUUCUAUGAAAAUGUGGAAACUCUCAGGCGGUGGAAACCGACAGCCAGCCAAUGUAGAAACAUUUAAUUGUAGUAAAAUAAAGGAUAAUGAAAAGGAAGAGGGCUUCUUUUAUUUCAGGGAUAAAGUGAUUCCAAACAAAGCGGGCAGUUACUGCAUCCAGUUUGCCUGUAUGGUCGACAAAUCUUCUGUUCUCAACAGUGACCAGAUUUUAGUUGAUGUCGUACCCAAUGAACCAGUCAAGUUAGUUCCUGAAUGUCUACCAUCUACCCCAGCUGUUUCUAAUGUUCCAUCUGUUGCCAAUAGGACCUUAGUCAAAGACCUGUGCCUCAACAUUGUGGAUGAACACAGUAAUCGCACUGGGACUAAUUUGAUUGGCAAGAUAAUUGCUAAAAUUAAAAGUUCUAAUGAUGAAGAUACUGAGAUUCCACUUUUUAAUGGGAAAGUUAGAAUGAUUGAAUUUCCAUUUAUCAAGGGAUCAGCUGAAAUCAAGGAUUUAGUACUGGCAGAAAAUAGCCCUGGAAGGGACAGUGCUGAGUAUUUUAUUGUAUUUGAACCUCAACUACCAGCUUUAUCAAGAACAUUGGAACCAUACCGUCUACCAUUUAUGUUUUAUAAUGACUUUAGGAAGCAGCAGCAGAUGGCAGCACUUACAAAAGAGAGAGACCAGCUAUCCCAGUCCAUUGUUUUGUACCGAAAUUUAUUUGAGGCCAGCCAUCAGCUUAUUAACGAAAUGAAAUGUCAAGCCCAAGAAGCAGGGUCAAAAGAAGUCCAUUUGAGGAAUGAGCUAAAAAAACACCAUAUAAACAUUCCAACACCACCACAGCUGUCUCAUAUUGAUGUGCUUCUGAAACAAAAGGUAUCAGAACAAGAGGGACUAAAGAAGCAACCUAGGAGAUCAUGUACCCUUCCAAACUGCCCUAAAGGCAAUCCAGACAUUUUAGGAAAGAUUGCACACUUGGCACAGAUUGAAGAUGAUGAAGCUGCAAAGGUUAUUUCUUGGCAUUUGGCAAGCGACAUGGACUGUGUGGUCACUCUAACCACUGAUGCUGCUCGUAGAAUCUUUGAUGAAACUCAGGGUCGACAACAGGUGUUGCCACUUGAUUCUAUUUAUAAGAAGACUCUUCCAGACUGGAACAGGCCUCUUCCUCAUUUACGAAAUGGAAAAAAUUAUUUCAGACCUCUUGGUAAUCCAGUAUUUGCCAGAGAUUUGUUAACAUUUCCAGACAAUACAGAUCAUUGUCAAACAGUAUUUGGGAUGCUAUUGGGAGAUACCAUCAUUUUGGACAAUUUGGAUGCUGCCAACCAUUAUAGAAAAGAGGUUGUUAAAAUCACCCAUUGUCCUACUUUGCUAACAAGAGAAGGUGAUCGAAUUCGAAGUAAUGGAAAAUUUGGAGGCCUACAAAAUAAAGCUCCUCCAAUGGACAAACUUCGAGGGAUGGUAUUUGGCGCCCCACUUCCAAGACUGUAUCAGACCCUGAGUGUCAACAUAGAUCUUCUUCAGCAAUAUCGUUCAGCAGUGUGUAAACUCAAUAGUGUGACUAAGGAACUUAAUGCUCAAAUAGACUACCUUAACACCCCAGAUAUGCAGAAGAAAAAGCAGGAGCUUAGCGAACAGGAGAAAAAUCUGGAACGAAUAGAACAAAAACUUGGUAUGACUCCAACAGGUAAAUGUGAAUUAGUCCGUCAGGCAGCUAAACUCAAUAUGUCAGACAGCCCAAUCCCUCCUAAAAGAAUGAGACGAGAAACAACAAAAAAACUAAAUAGAUGAAGGAACAGAGCAAAGAGAUAUUAAAUGUUUUUUUUUCAUUAAUGACAAAACCUAGUCUCCUUACUUCCAAUAUGUUACUUUUUCUCUUCCACACAUUAUAAAAAAAAUACUUUUACAAAAACUUUUUUGGGGCACAUUUAUCAUUCAGUGAGAUUACACAUCUAAGCAGGUGUUUCUAAAUAGAUGGUCUAACAAAAAUUUUAAAAUGCUGUCAGUGUUUUUCCAUUGAUAUCUUUUGGUUGAAGGUCUCUUCUUAAAGAAAAUCCUGCCUUGGGGGGAUAUUUAUAUGGCUUGGAAAUGGAUAAAGAAAACUGGUAAUUCAUAUCAAUAUGUAAUAGUGUACCAUAUUUGUAGAGAAUAAAAAUUAAGUUUAUUAAUAAAAAUAUUUCCAGCACUUUUCUUAUCAGUCAACAUGCAUUUAUUGGACAUCAUCAUUUUAUCAGGCAUCGUCUUAGGUAGAUGCUAGGGAUACAGAUACAAAGAAUCAAACCAUCCCUUCUCUCAAGAAACUUAUAUUCUUAGAUCUCUAAACAUGCGUAUCUAAUAUCACCCUGUAAGGAAUCCUUUCUUUACCAAAUGGGUCAAUACUAUCCUGUGAGGUCUGUUAUUUUGAGUUUCUGCUCCUAAGCUGUAUCACUAAUUCAGAAUCCAAAGUUAACGGUGUAAACCAGUGCUUCCUUAGCCUAUGGGCCACAGAUUCUUGAGUGGUGAAAGUUAUUAUGUCAUCUGUCAUGAUGUACUUUCUCAAAUAAUCUGUAUGAGAAGUGUAUUUACUUUUAUGUAAGGAGAUACUGGCACAGACAGUUCCAAAGAAUAGACCUUUUAAGUAGUAAAGACAUGAUUUCAGGGGAAAAAAAUUAACAUACUUAUGAAAAUAGCUUAGAAUUUAAAAUGAAUAUCAUUUGGAAGUCAGUGGUAGGGUACAUAGUGGAUAAGAGCAGGCUGGAACAUAUAAUGAAUGAGGAACUUGAAAGAACAGGAAUUAAAAAAAAUAUCCUCAAGGAAAGAUAUCAUAGGAAGAAGAUAGACUGGUCAUGGGGCAAAAGCAGGGGAGAGAGUAGAGCGCUCUUCUGUUGAUAAUGUUUCAACAUCAACAGAAAGCCAAGAAAGCUUCCAGCUUGUUGGGUCGGCAGUUUGUAUGGACAGUAGUGGUGGGCAGGUAUGGGUAGGUUGCAUCAACAUCAUUCAUGGGAAUUAUAAAAUCUGUGAGAUAACUUAUCUAUUUAAGUAUUUCAUUUAAAAAAAGUAAUACUUAAAGCUUCAUCAACAUCCCAUUUAUGCAUAUUGUUAUACUUAAGUCUUCUAAUAUAUUAAUUAAAAUGCUGCUUAUCCAAAUUAAUGUAUGCCCUGUAAAAUAAUAGUAUUUCUUAAAAGAAAAAUCUAUACUUUGGAUUUGUCACUCAUUUAGAAAAGAUUCCUCCCCCACUUACAUUUCAUAAAAGGUUUUCUAUAUGUUGAAUUGCCAUGAAAUAAGAGAGAUUAGUAGCUCUUAAAUCUGAUCUAUGGUCGGAUAGUAGAAUGUUUUAAUCAAGUUAAUGAGCUAGGCUACACCUAGGCUGUGUUGAUCCUUGAAUAGUCAGUCAGUCGUCAUAUAUAGUUAGGUGUGCCACAGCUGGUGUUCCUCUGUUGUUGAACCAGGGUUUGGUUAUUUCCAUGCCACUAUGAGUCAUUGAAGUGGAACUUUAGAGGAAGUUGUGCAAUAUAAUGUAGUUAAAUUGAACAUUUAAGUGACAUUCUUCAUUAGGCCACCUACUUGUCUUCUGUGUUUGUUUUUCUGUGUUCUAUAGUAAUUUUUACUACAUUGAAACCCACUUUUUAAAUGUGAUGACAGUUCUACAAGGAUCUAGGAAUAGGCUUCCAGUUUCGGAUUCUGUAAGACUCUUAUAACCCUCUUGAAGUUUUAACACUUUAUUUUCUCAGCUUUCUGCUAAGUUUCAGACCCAACUCCAUGCAGAACCUGAGUAUCUCACUACAUUAUACAAAAACUGAGUCCCAUAGUUGAAACUCAAACUUAACUGUAUAGGUAUAUUCUACUCUUCUCCAUUUGAAAUAGGUGAAAAAUAAAGAUACCCUUCUGAAUGUCUACCUGCAUCUUUGCAUGACAAACUUACUUUGUAAGAAAUACUACUAAAUUUAAUGCUUGCUUCCCACCAUCUGCAUUAUCCUCGGGAGUGAGAAAACCAUGUCAUUCCUUUAUUUUUUUAAAAAAAAAAUUAAUGGUUUCCUACUGCUUCCAAAAUAAAAUACA